UCAAAACGAAUGUUUCAGAUUCGACGAACAGUGCGACGGGCCCGAUUUUCGUAGCGCCAGUUGGGAAUCAGACCGCCGCGAUUGGUCGCGAGGUCGUCUUCUCUUGCAGCGUUCGCAACAUAAGCAUUCGCAAAUACAAGGUCGGCUGGCUACGCACCUCGGACCAGACGAUUCUCUCGAUCCACACCAGGAUCGUGACGCAUAAUGCGCGUAUCACGGUCACCUACGAAAGCGGGGCGAGCUCCGGGUCCGCCGGGACGUCCGGCGGCACUUCGGGAGUAACCGGAAGCAGCCAGGCCACGGAGGAGAUCGUCGACGGCACGUGGCGUCUGCACAUUCGCCAGCUGAAGGAGACCGACAGGGAUUGUUACAUGUGCCAGAUCAACACUAGCCCGAUGAUAUCCGAGCUCGGUUGUCUCGACAUACACGUGCCACCCGACAUCGUUUAUGGGGGUGACACCAGCGCCGAUUUGGCAGUGGCGGAGGGUGACAACGCGACCUUGAGCUGUCGCGCGACAGGACAUCCACCUCCGAGGGUGUCCUGGCGUAGAGAGGAUGGAGAACAAAUCAUGAUAAGGGCUUCCACGACAGGUGGUAGCACUUUCGAGAGGCACGACCACUACAACGGUUCGCUGCUGCAUUUCUACCGUGUCGAGAGGCGGCAAAUGGGGGCGUAUCUCUGCAUCGCCAGCAACGACGUGCCGCCAGCGGUUAGCAAACGGGUGACGCUCGCUGUGAAUUUCGCACCCGUCGUAAAAGCACCCAACCAGCUAUUGGGCGCUCCUCUGGGCACAGACGUGCAGCUCGAGUGCUACGUCGAAGCGUUUCCGAACACGAUCAAUUAUUGGGUGAAGAAUCAACGGGGCACGGAUGACGAAAUGUUAUUGGAAGGACCGAAGUACAGCGUGCGGGAGGAACGUACGGGAUACACGGUCCUGAUGUGGCUCUUAAUCAAAAAAUUCACGGACAGAGACGUCGGUAGUUACAAAUGCGUUUCAACGAAUAGCCUAGGAAAGGCGGACGGAACUUUGAGAUUGUACGAGAUCAAAAUUGGGUUCGACAGAGUGGGAUCUCGUGGGAAGGAUCACGUAUCUAUUAUCGGUGGUUUGGCCGAAGCCGCUCAAAGUUCCGGCGCCAGCAGCGGCGUCGGCCGUUUCUCCACGAGCAACAACUUGUCGCAGAUCCUAUCGAUGUUUCUCUUCAUACCGAUACUGUGGAUACGGUGAAGAAGGGAUCCAUUACUGGUCACCGCUAAGCUACUUAGUGCCGGAUGACUUUGUGCCAAAAAAAAAAAAAGACAAGAAUGUAGAGAGAAUGCGCGAGAGAGUGCGAGAGAUAGUAGGGCAGAGAACGUAUGGAAGCAAGAACGCUCAAAAGAGAGAAAGAGACAGAGAGAGAAUGAGAUAGAAUGAGAGAGCGAAUGGAAAUGAGAUAAUAAAUCGGAGUCUUCGGUAACUCCAAAUUCUUCCUACUUUUCCUUUUCCUACUCCCGAGUGUCGAGGACAUUUUUAGAUCAAUGAGUGUUGUCAAUGUAUGCGUCGCUUUAGAUUCGCGCUUCGCGGAUCGGCCGAGCGAAGCUCGAGAUUCGCGCUGUUCGUCGGGAAAUGAGAUCGGUACUGACCCGAAGGUUGUCUGCGCCAAUUGUGUAAUUCGUUUUAAUACACUUUAUACUCGAGGUAUAUAUGCGACGAGGGGACGUAAUGCGGCGAUCGACGCAGACAGCGUGAAUCGUGUCGACACGCGAAUCGACGAAUUCGAGAGGAACGGGGGGAAGGGAGUUCGCCAUAUUGCGGGGAUGCUUUAUGAAUCGACGAGAUAAUAAUCAACGGUCGUUUUGUCAUUGAUUUAUCGCGCUGCUGACUGACUUUGAACGUCGGUAAAACUUUGAUGUUUCGAAAUAAAAAUAAGAAUCGAACGUUGUACCUUC